CCCAGUCCAACAAAGUGUGAGAGACAUGCAGAGUAAUGAGCUUGUGUGGAGUGGAGCAAUAAGAGGGUGUGGCUUUUUUUUUUUUUAUUCAGGGAGAACAGAUAAGCUGAGUUUGCCUUGUAGUGAGGGGCAGGAGUCACAGUCCUGAACAGACAGCAGUUUGCUUUCACUGUGCUGGGUUCUCUUUAAAAAUCCAGCUGCACGUUUCCACUCACCCUCUCUCUCGUGUAUUCCUCCAGCAGUUUGAAGCAAGACUUUGAGGGGGUAAGCCGCUUCCAGCACAGAGAAGCACAAGAGGACAGCUCAAGAAAAACUACAACACGCAGCCAUGAAGGACAAAGUUAGGAGAGGUGGAGGAAGAAAUCAGGCCAAGGCUGAUGUAGUAAGCCCGACUGGUGAAAAGGAUGCCGCUGGUAUCAAGCAACAGGAGGACACAUCUUUUCCUGUGAAGAUCCAGGGGGCAGGAGUAGAGCCAUUUGAGCUGCAGGUCCAUGGAUUUUGGCUAGUUCAAGACACAAUUAUGACUCUGCUUUCGAGGGAAGAGGUGUGUCCACGUUCCAACUUUUCACUUUCAUUCGCUGGUACGACUCUGGACCCUCAAGCAGAACUGCAAAGUCUCAAGGGGCUUAAACCAGGAGCCAUCCUUCGUCUGGUGGAAGAACCCUACACCGCCCGCUCAGCCAGGAUCCAUCUGGCUCGUGUGCUUGAGCUGCUGAGAGCAUCUGGACCUCAGGAUGCACUGAGAGAAGGACGCUCACCGAGCGUGCUAGAGACACUCACACAUGCACAAACACCAGACUCUAGCUUACCGAAUGGAAAGAACCUGAAACGCUCUUUAAGCAAUACAAAGACAGAAACACCCAACCAGGAUGGAGCUCCACCGGAGUACCUCCUCCCUGGUUCCUCAGAGAGACCGCUCAUGGCCCUGCUACCACACAGCUCCCAACCAGAGGCCCCCAGCUACCUGAGGGACUUGUCUCUAAGCUGCUGGAACCCGGUUCCAGGACACAGGAAGCUGCAGGGAGACUUCCUGUAUAUCACUGUGGUAACAAUGGAGGGACGACGGUGUGACAUCACAUCAUGUCCCAAAGGUUUCUUUCUCAAUAGGUCUACAGAAGACGUGUUUGAUCCUCGUCCCACACAGUCUUCCCCAGUUUGUCACAGUAUCAUUGACCUGCUCUGUCACAUCAGCCCUGCUUUCAAACAAACUAUGACCACACUCAAAAACAGGUCUCAGUUACCUCCAGUAGAGGUGAUGCCCACUCCCUACCACACCCUGAGCUGGCUCGGGCCUAACUGUGCCUCUCGCACUCACAAAAACACCUUCAGCAGACUGGGAGUGGAAGAACAGCCAGCAACACAGGCUCCAGACUGGAAUGAGGAGUUGCAGGCUGCCAGAGAUCUUCCUCAAAGCAGUCUGGAGGAGAGGCUGCAGAGAGACAGAGCUCUGCUACAGGUAAACAGUGCAUUUGUUAGGGCUGUGACACAAGGGGCUGAAACUGUUGUAGAUGGUUUUGUGGAGCCAGUGAAUGGAAACCCUGAGGACCCAGCUUUCCUGUGGGGCGGCCUGUUCAUGAGCCAGGGGGCAGCGAGCUCAGUCUUUGGUGGGGAAAGGGGUCGCAGGGCAGCUCAGCGGCUGGAGCUUCAAGGAGUUCAAGCCUACAGUGACAUUGAGGGACUGCAGGGGCUGCACACUCUCCCUACAGCCAUUGUAGACUACAGGGGAGUGCGUCUGUCUGCUCAGGGUCUGGCCCCUGGGUUAGAGGGCUCAGAGCAGGACCAGGCUGCUUCUCCUGCCUCGAGAGGCUUGCUGUAUGGAAUAAAUGCAGGAAUCCAAGAGUCAACCCAGCGUAGACAGCUGUUAGAGCUCCUGGCUCUGUCUUGCAAACCUCUGUCUCUCCAGAAACAUGUUGUUGUGUCGCCCAAUGAUCACAAGGUUCCACUGUUCACCUCUGUGGACGCUCAAGGACUGCUGGGGGCUGAUAGGAGGUUCUACAUACUGGAUGUGUUCAGAAGCUUCCCUGCUGAUGCCAACUUCUGCCCAGAGGUGGAGACAGAAAGUCAAUCAGUCACUGGAGAAGAGGAGAGUAGUAAAAGCUGUGAAGAGGAGGAGGAGAAGAAGGGUUGUGCAAAAGAAGGAUGGCCAGAGAAUUACCACUUGGACUCUGGACUUCCAAAGAGCUUCCCUCAUGGACUCUGUAGAUUGAGGCCAGAGCUGUUGAAGGCCUUCAUCCAGCACAAACAUUGCCAGUUUGCUCAGCAUGUCCGGGAGACAUUGGACGAGAAUGGAGGCUUUGAGGAAUGUGCAACAGCUAGUGACUCUCAAGCCCAACAGGCAGUACGAGCUGCUUGUAAAGAAGUGGGAUCAGUCAACGAGUACAUCUUUGAAAUGCGCUUUAACCCAAGCGUCUUCGCUCCAGGGGUAACCUUCCCUCCUCGUGACAGUAAGUCAAUAAAGCUGCAGGAGAGGUUACUGAGGGAAGCUGCAGCGUUCAUCAUAACACAUCAGAUACCGGCCUUUGUGGAGUGUUGCUUACAAAGCAACGAGACACCAAUGGAUGGAGCUUCUCUCAAACUGGUGCUACACCAGAAAGGCAUCAACCUCCGGUAUCUAGGCCAUGUGAGCAAGACCAUCAGCCAAUCAGAACACAAGGAGCGCCUGAGGCAUAUAAUGAGAACGGUCAUAGGUGAAAUUUUCACCCGUUCAACAAGACGAGUGUUCAACAAUUUCCUCCAGGGCGUGGAUGUGCCCAGUCUCUCUGCAGCUGUCAGUCACUUCCUCUGCUGCCUGUUGGUCCCCCACUUCACUCCCACUCCUGUGGGGGAGGACACUAAAAAGAAGUCCAGGCGGCGUGGCCGAGGAGCUGGAGCCUCUGAAAGCACGCCCUGGAGCACGCUCACAGGGUCCGAGCUGUGGAACCUGGUCUGCCAGGAUGCUGCUGAAACGUAUAACCUCUCUGACAGCCUUGGCCCUGGUCCAAACCAUUUGGUGGAGCACUACGGCCUUCAGAAGCUCUCUUUGCUUAGAGAGUUCUGUUUAAAGACUGGAGUACAGUUGAGACUGAGAGACUACGUCCUUGACAGCCAAAACAAAGCUCCCAUUGGUCCAGACGACGUCCUCAACAUCUUCCCUGUUGUCAAGCACAUUCACAUGCCGACUGUCGAUGCUUCAAAGGCAUACCACACGGCACAGAGCUUCGUUCACAAGGGUCUGCUGGAUCAGGCCCAUGAGCACCUGAAAGAAGCAACUUAUCUGUUUGGUAGAGUCUGUGAUGACCUGCACCCCGAGGCCUGUUUCUCCCAAGGCCUGAUGGCCAAAGUGGCCUUCCUGAAAGGGAAAGCAGCAGAGGCUCGCAGUGUGCAGCUCAAAGCAGUGGUCAUCAGUGAGAGAGUGUUUGGCUUUGACCAUCCAAACACUAUCCUGCAGUAUGCCCUCUUGGCUGUGUAUGUGUUUGCUGGAGGAGAGACGGCCUUGGCCCAGAAGUGUCUCCUCAGAGCUCGUCUGCUCAUGCUAACAGUCCACGGAGAGGACCAUCCCUACACAGCAACACUCGAUAGCUGUCUUGGGUUGGUGCUGACCGGAGAUCAGAGAGGGCUGUUCUUACAGAAUGCCCUCAGGCUCAACACCUCCUUCUUCGGCCCCUCACAUCUGCACACUGCAUUCAGUCACCACCUGUUGGCCCAGUGGAUGUGCAGCAAAGGUGACUACAGAAGUGCUAUGACCCACGAGAAAGAGGCCCUCACUGCUUUCACCUCCAUGUUUGGUGAGGAUCACGCUCAGACUCGCUGCAGCAAAGAGUUCCUGUGCACCAUAACCAAGCAGGCAGUGAAGGUGGAGCGCUCUCUCAGACAGGCAGGAGCUGACUGCACAGAGCAGGCAGUGGAGUGUAUAACUUCCUCAUCUGACACUGUGCUGGAGCAAAUGGUCCUGGUGACAGGGAUCAGGAGCCUCACACACAGAGACGGGCUCCAGGAGUACAGGAAGAAGCACAACGAACUCAAGGCAGCAGUGGCAAAGGAACUGGGAUUCACAAUGUUAAAUGGGCGUGUCGUCUUCGACAAUGUGAACGUGGAAGAGAAGAGCUCAGAUCAAGAAACAGGAAGCGGGAAGGAAGCUGAGGAUGGAGGAAGUUCGGCAGUGGAGAAUACCACAGAGAGCCAACAGGAGCAGCCAGUGGAGGAGGCCUUGGUGCAGAGCGCUGCUGUAGUUUCAGCUAAUGGUCAUGAGGUGGAGCCAGCUGAAUUGCAUGAGGAGAAAACAGAUGUAGAUGGAGGAGACAGUGACAGAGCAGCUGCAGAUGCUGAGGUAAUGAACGGGGAGUCAGAGGGCGAGGCUGCAGGAAAGCAAACUGACAGCAGUGCAGUAAAUGAAGUGAACACCAGCAUGGCUAAUGGGGAAGUCAAAUGCGAUGCAGUUGAUGGGAUGAAGUCAGAGUCAGGUGAAGCUAAUGGUGAAAUGAAUGGAGCCUGUGACGUCGCUGUGAGCCCUUCAGUCCUUAAGAGUAAAUGCACCUGGGCAGAUGUUGUUUCAAAAGCCAACGGAGGAGGAGACAGGGGAGUCAACGGAGUAGCAGAUAGUGUCACUGCUAACGGAAAAGCCGAGGAGUGAAAACAUGUCUAAACAGGAAAACAGUGUUGUAGUUGUGUUUUUCCGAGUCACUGCUGUAAGAUAACACUCUCCCAGGAUCCAAGAUGUAAUUUGAUUCAGUAAAGCCGGUAACAGAGAGUGAGAUGAAGAGUAUUACUUUCAGUUGGAGAUGUUAUUGCUGAUGCUGGGAGAGGGCUAUACUGUUGAGUGCCAUUUUUUUCCAAUAAUAAACUUUUUAUUCUGGUUUGACAGUGACGUUGCUUUUUUGGCACAUACAUACACCGUAUAUAUAUAUCUCUUUAUAUAUAUAUAUAUGCAUGUGAACAUGGUGUGUGAAGGUUGAAGGUAAGAUUCUAUUAAUGCAUUAAUGUCCUUAGUGGAAGUUCAAAAUUUCCUUCACAGCAUUUAAAGUAGUGCCCGUUUUUCGUUAGAUACUUUUUCUAUCCUCACAACUCACUUCAGAUGUGGGAACAACAUUUUUAUGUCUUUGCAGCAACAUGCUCUGAAGCCAGAAAGCACCUUGAUGGAAUUUCUUCAAAUAUGUCACCAGUGUCCACUUUGACUUCUUGUUACACUUGAAUAUUCAUCGUCUGCCUAUAAACCAUUUACAAAUCAAAAGUCUUGGCAAUGUCUUAGAUAUAGCGUUCCACCAAUAUUGAUUUAGGAUAGAAGUCUGAUACAGAUUAUGUGCCAAAGCUGCUUUACUUUGCAUAAUAUUCACUAUCUAGUCAAACAUGACCAUAUUAAGUGUUCAUUGUUUUUUUUCCAGAGAACUGUAUUCUGGUCAGAAAGCCUCUGAAGCAGAAUUUCACAGUGAGGUAGGCAACUCGGUGUUUAACUUGCUCCUGAAACCUGGCACCUCUUAGCCUUCACAGUGUAUCAGCAUCAGUGCAUGGUCAUGCAGUGGGCCAGACUGGACAGGUUUUGGCUUACGGGCUAUGUUUGACACCUCUGGUCCUGAAGGAACGUGUCAUUUCAAAAGGUGAGUUCCCACAGUGAAAAAGUGUUGGUUUUCUAGAGAACCUCACGCUGAGUAAGUGGGAGCCACACCUAGCCGCACCCAUCAUUGCUAGGUGUGCUCAUAAAUGUGCUUUGAUUUACCUGUAACUGAACAAAACAGUCUAUAAAGACAAAAACUGGUGCUAUGAUGCUGUUAGUCAUUCCCCCACAGCUGUGAAGACAGAAGGAGGAGACGCGUACAUUUGUGGAAGAUGUUGUGCACGUUUAAUCCACAGACUCUAUAUAAAGAUAUUUUUAUUUAGCCUAUGGUUCAAUCUCAAAACAGUGGCCACCAUUUCACUAUGGUUUCCAGGUGGACCGACAUGUUUUCUCAGAACAGUGUGAAAUAGUGUGCAGCAGACUUUGAGGUAUGUUUCCCUUCUGUUUGGUGGGUGUGUCAGAGGUGUACCCAAUCAGCAUCAGUGUUAAUAUUAAUCAAAUUCUGGUAAAUCUUAGUGAAAAUAGACUCUUUUGAUUUUAUCGAACACUUGCUUUGGAAACAUAGAUAUAACUUUUCCAUGCUAAUAAGGUCCCUUUGAAUAGAAUUGAAUAAACACUGCAGCAUAAGUGGGCAGUGCGCCUAUGUAGGCUAAUGCAACGGAGUGUUUAAUGCACCACUGUCUCUGUUUGAAUACAGAACAGUGGUACAAUAAACACCCUGA